AUGCCCACGCGCCCGCCAGACACCGACGACGAGCGUGCGGACGGCGAGCGGAUAUUGUUCUUUGUCCAAGCGCUGUACGACUACCGCGCGACGAUCGACGAGGAGUUCGACUUUGAGGAGGGCGACAUCAUUGCGGUGAAGGCUACGCCCGACGACGGGUGGUGGAGCGGCGAGCUGCUUGACGAGAAAAGGAGGGUGGAGGGGAGACAUAUCUUCCCGAGCAAUUUCAUCACGCUGUUUUAG